GUCCCUGCUGCCCCAUGGGGAAACUUCUGAAAAGCCAGCCUGCACACAGAAGAUAAUAAAUGCUUGAUGGAUAGUUAAAGCAAUGUAGGCCAAGGGUGUGUGCCUGUAUGGAAGGGUACCUGACUCAGCCCCUCUGCUCCCCAGCCAUGGCCCACAUCAUUGACCUAUCACCCUGUGAUGAUGGCUCCCCAGCCAUGCUGUUCCGGAGAGAGCUCGCCUGUCGCCCUCUCGCUGGUGUGAAGCACCAGCUCUACCACCCGGCCCUGCCCACACUUCGUCGCAUGGACAUGGACACUGUCAAGUGCUGCCUCCCAGACGAGCACUGUCAAACUUCAACCUACUGCUCCAAAGAUGACUUUAACAAGGCCAGCUUCACACUUCUAGGGAUCCCCAACAAACCCCUGCAUUGCCUGGACUUGUCAGGAACUGGACAGAAGCUCUGUCACAAGUACCGUGAGGGAAAGAUGGUGCCCAUCGUGCCAGGCAUCAACCGGGUUGACUGGCCCUGCUUCACACAUGCCAUUGAAGACUGGUCUAAAUUCGUGUCCAAGUCUGACGAGUUCAAGCUGCCUUGUACCAACAAGAGGGUGGAGGGUUUCAGUGGCUACGCUGUGCGGCACUUGAAGCCGGAGGUGACCCAGAACUGGCGGGUAGGGAAAGAUGCACGCAGACGGGGCCUGGGUGGCUGGGAGGGAGCAGCUGCUGGUUCCUCGCCUCGCAGGCUUACGGGCCCCCAUCCCUGCGGUCCACCACAGUUCUGCCUCAACCAGAACCCAAGCCUGGACCGCUAUGGACAGAUGCCCCUGCCUUUCGACUCGCUGUAAGUGACACUAUGCGGAACCCCUUAAAGACCCCCACCCCUGAGCAGAGGAAGGGGAACGUAGCUGUAGGACAGAUAAUGAAUUCCUG